AUGAGCGACAACUUCCAGAAGCUCCAGGCACUCCAUCGCACACGAAAGGAGAAGCUGGACUCUAGAGCUGCAGUUGUCGACGCAGUAGAGGCAGAUCGCCAGAAGCAUGUUGAGCAGACACAGAGUUGGUUCAAUGAGGCCUGGCAAGAGCUGAGGACCGGCCGGGAGCAGCUGGGCCAACCACAUGAGGAGGCCGCUCAACAGGCCGCCAAGGAAGAUGCCCAGCUGAGGGAACGCCGCGUCCUACUCAACACUCAUGAAGAGGACCUUGCUGCUCACGAGGAGGCACUUGCCGCCAAGCUCCGCGGCAAGGACGAAGAAGUUGAAAAGCUCGUCGCAGAACAGACCCAAGGGCUAGAGCAGGAGCACAAGAAAGCGCUUGAUGGCCUGGUGCUAGACCACGCCGGCAAGAUGAAGGAAGCUGUUGAUGCUGCCGAAGCUGUAGAGGCCGCCAAGAGCGAGCUGGCUGGGAAGGUGGAUAAGCUGGAGGAGGAUCUGGAGAAUCACGACAAGGAGAUCUCGAAGCUUAAAAGCGACAGAGAGAAAACCAUGUAUACCUUGGCGGAGUUCCAAACUACCAUCUCCGACAAGACCCAACAGCUCUCCUCCGCCAACGACUCCAUUGCCGAUCUGAAACUGAAGCUGACCACUCUGGAGGAGUCCCUUGAGGGCAGCAGAGGAAGAGGAGGAAGAAGAGAGCACUCCUCCCCUAAGGGGGAGAAGAAGAGGGCAGCUUCCGCCGAUCUAGAGGCGGAAGCGUCCAAGAAAGGGAGGACCUCCCUUACGGAUGACUCCGAGUCGGACGCCGACGAGUGGUGCCCCAGGAUGAAGCCCCUGGCCGGAUGUCUGGUUCAUGUCCUCCCCCAGCGAUCUUCCUCUUUUGGGAAUUCGCUGGGUCCGAACAUAAUGGACAGCGAGUCACCUCCACCAGCUUCCUCCCUCACUGCUGUGGAUAACACCGAGAUGUCAUCCCGAAGGACCCUUCCGGAACAGGGAGAGGUGCCGGAGGCUGCCAAGACGGCGCCGAAGGAGACAGAUGAGCAGCCUCCUUCGAAAGAAGGGGGCGCGCCCACCCCACCUGCGACUUCUGUCAAUGCGGAGGUGCCGGACACUCUGGUGGAAGCGCUUCAGAGCGCCACCAUUGUGGAAGAGCAUCAUACCCUUAUGGGUACGGUGAUUGAAAAGGUUCAGUCCAUGAAAAGCGGACAGAACGAAGCCUACACUAGCCUUCUGAGAGGCUUUGAGGCUGCGAUGCAGGCGUCAGCUUCCCAUGCCGCCGAAGCGUCCGAGCUGAAGCGGAAGUUAGAGGAAAAACAAGCUGACGCGGCAGAGGUCGAGACCCUCAAGAAUGCGUUGGUCGAAGCCCAGAAGGAGGCGGAGGAGGAGCGAGCCUCCCUCCUUAAACAUGAAUCACGGGUGGAGGAAGUCCAGCAAGAGAUCAAGGAUGCCAUAGGCAAAUCUGAGUCUUUAGAGCGCAAAAUUUCGGAGCAAGGUUCCGAACUUGCUAAGGCACUCCAGAGUGCACAGGAGGCCCGGGCCGAAGCCCAAAGCGCUGUCCGGGAGAUCCAAGAGGCAAAGCAGAUUGCGGCGGAUAAUUCUAUAAGCAUCGAGGCUAUUUUACAUGCCGAGCACGAGGGAAAGCUGCGUAUGGGUCCUAAAGAAGAAAGCAGCGAUCAUUAA